CUGGGCCUCUGCGGCCGGCCGGGCUGGGGUCCGCGCGCAGGUGUGGCCCCUCGAGGCGGAGAAAGGAGUAGGGGCCCGGCCAUCAACCUCUUCCCCAUGCGGAGAGCUGGAUGGCACCCGUGCUGUGCCUCCUACAGCUGACCGGCACGUGGAGACUGGACCAGCUCCAGGAGGAUGCUCAGUAGUCUGGUGCCCACCCAGAGCAGGAAUCUACCGGGAGGCCACUGGCUGUUAACAAGACCAUUGCUGUAAGAAGGCUUCUUUACAGAAUUCACAAAUUCAGAUAUAGUUUAUCUUGAAGGAAAUGAAGCGAAAUAUCGCCAAAACAAAUGUCGCCCCAGUCAACACCAGCAAAUCCACCAACACCAAAGCCAGGGAUUUAAUGUGCAAAAUGGCGAUUAUACCAGAUUGGCAAAUUUUGUAUCCUCACACGCGAAAAUUCACGUCUUUAAGACCCCAUUCUUCACCGUGUAGAGUGGAUUUGAGGAAUAGUUUCCAAAAUGUGUUCAGACCUUCUUCUUCAACCACAGCUCUUGCAAAUCCAAUACUGUCCUUCUUAGAUGUUAAACGGAUUUUAUUUCAAAAAAUUACCGAUAAAGGAGAUGAGUUGAAAAAAGCCUUUCAGCUGCUCGAUACCAGUCAGAGCAUGACGGUGUCCAAGAGCGACCUGAGGAGAGUCGUCACAACCUUCCUGCUGCCUCUCACGAGAGAACAGUUCCAAGAUGUGCUGGCUCAGAUCCCCCUCACCAGCUCCAGCGCUGUUCCCUACAACGAAUUCCUGUCCAGGUUCGGUGGAAUUGACCUAAAUAUAAGUGUUAUAAAGAGGGGAGAUGGGAAUGAAACAAAUUGCUGUCGGACAUUAGGAGAACUCGAAAUCCAAGUCGGAGAAAAGAUUUUCAAAAACAUUAAAACUGUUAUGAAAGCCCUUAAGCUCAUUGAUGUUAACAAGACUGGUCUGGUCCAAGCACGUGAGCUGAGGAGAGUUCUGGAGACCUUCUGUUUGAAGAUGAAAGAUGAUGAAUACAAAAAGUUUGCAAAGCACUACAACAUUGAUACAGAUACUGCAGUGGAUUAUAAUGCUUUUUUGAAGAACCUCAGUGUAAAUAAUGCCUUGAACCUUAGGUAUCAUAUGGGAGAUCAAGAGGUCUCGUGGCAGAAUCAGCAAAUCAAAAGUUCCAGAAGGGAGCGCCUCCCCAGUUCCAUUUCCUCUGAAGAGGUCUGGAGGGACUACUCCUUGGAUGAGAUUGAGAGAGCCUUUUGCCAAGAGCUUUCCAAGUCUUACGAAAAGGUGGAGAAGGCCCUGAGUGCAGGCGACCCCUCCAAAGCUGGCCACGUCUCUUUGAAUUACCUGAAGGUCGUCCUCGACACCUUUGUGUACCAGUUACCCAGGAGAAUUUUUAUCCAGUUAAUGAAAAGAUUUGGACUUAAAACCACUGCUAAAGUCAAUUGGAAGCAAUUUCUAACAUCACUUUAUGAGUCUCCAUGGUUGGAAGUUAACAAUAUAGUUCCUCCGACAAAAAGAAAUAGCAUCAACUCUAGAAAUAAAUCUUGCAAGGAAAACAUUAUCACAAAAUUAUUUAGACAUGAAGAUCGCUAUACAUCAUUGAAGAAAGCACUGCUGCUCACCAACGCUCAACCUGAUGGACAGAUAACAGGGGAAGAAUUGCGACGUAUUCUAAAUUGCAUGGUUGUAAAAAUAAGUGAUUCGGAAUUCAAAGAACUAAUGCAAAUACUUGACCCUGGAGGCACCGGCUGGGUCAACGUCAACACGUUUGGUGAACUGCUGGAAGAGAAGGCUGCGACGGGAAAAACCUCCUCCUGUGCAGACACCAAGGCGCCUCUCCUCCUGGCUUGGGAUUCAGUGGAAGAAAUUGUUCAUGACGCGAUUACUAGGAACCUACAAGCUUUCUAUAAUAUGCUACGGUCAUAUGACCUGGGAGACACAGGGCUCAUUGGUCGAAAUAAUUUCAAGAAAAUCCUGCGCAUAUUCUGCCCAUUUUUAACGACUGAGCAUUUAAUAAAACUCUGCAGUAAGUUUCACGAUAUGGCUUCGGGGAGAAUCCUUUACAAGAAACUUUUGACAUGCCUAGGAAUUAAAGGCCCGCCUGCCAUCUCUCCAGUUCUUGUUCCAAAGGAUCAGCUGUCAAAGGAACAACCUCAGAAAGAGGAAGAGCAGCAGCCGGAUCUUUCUGAGAGAGCCAAGCCCGCUGGGAGCAGAAUCACCGCGACCAGGAAGAUGACCAAGGAGGAGCUGAUCGAAAAACUCAAAGGCUGCAUACGGCGGCAGGACCCAGUGUUCAGAAGGCGAUUUCUUGACGUCAGCAAGGAACUUCAUCGCAAAAUUAAUGCGCAUGACUUCAAGAAGGUACUGGAAGAUCAUGGAAUGCCCAUGGACGAUGAUCAGUAUGCUCUGCUAACUGCAAAAAUAGGAUUUAAGAAGGAAGGGAUGAGUUACCUUGAUUUUGCAACAGGACUUGAAGGUGCUAGAGUGCAAGAGCGAGAAGUGACUCCAUCCCAGACUCCGGUUCCUGCCAAAAGUAACCUGGACAGCUUUGUGACCGCGGAAGAGUGCCUCAGACAGUUCCCCCAGAGACUGAAGGAGUCCUUCCGGGGUCCCUACUCUGCCUUCUUUGAGAUGGACACCGACAGGGACGGCAUCGUCAGCAUGCUCAACCUCCACCAGCUGCUCCAGCGCCUGCUACUCAACCUCAGGGACGAAGAGUUCGAGCGCUUCCUGGGCCUGCUGGGCCUGAGACUCAGCACCACCUUAAACUUUCGGGAAUUUCAAAAUUUGUGCGAGAAGAGACCUUUAAGAACAGACGACGCGCCUCAAAGACUCAUUAGACCAAAACAGAAGGUCGCAGAUUCAGAACUAGCUUGUGAACAGGCUCAUCAGUACCUUGUUACCAAAGCAAAAACCAGAUGGUCAGACUUGUCUAAGAAUUUUAUAGAAACUGAUAAUGAGGGCAACGGCAUUCUUCGACGACGGGACAUAAAGAACGCGCUGUAUGGUUUUGACAUCCCCCUCACGCCGAGAGAAUUUGAAAAGCUUUGGAUGAGCUAUGACACCGAGGGAAGAGGGCACAUCACUUACCAAGAAUUUUUGCAGAAACUGGGGAUCAGCUAUUCAGCAGAUGUUCACCAGCCCUAUGCAGAGGAUUAUUUCAACUUCGUGGGUCAUUUCACGAAGCCGCAGCAGGUGCAGGAAGAGAUCAAAGAACUGCAGCAGAGCACAGAGAAGGCCGUGCCAGCCCGGGAAAAGCUUAAGGACCAUUAUCAAGAUAUCAGCAAAGCAGUCACCAAACUGGAUAAAUCUAAAAACGGCUACGUGUCCCUAAGCAGCAUGCAGAAAGUGCUGCAGGAAUGCGGCUGUCCUCUUCGGGAAGAGGAGCUGACCGACCUUCUCAGCAGUUGGGGAAUCAGCUGGCAUGAUAAUUCCAUCAAUUACCUUGACUUCUUGAAAGCAGUGGAGAACAGCAAGCCAACAAGGCCGCAGCCAGAAGAGAAAGAAGAGAGCAUGCCAAUCAAUUUCGCGACACUAAAUCCAGAGGACGUUCUGAAGAGCAUCCAGGAGGUGGUUGCCUCCUCCGGUCCGGCUCUGUCAACGGCAUUUUCUGCAUUGGAUAAAGAGGACACUGGGUUUGUAAAGGCUUCGGAAUUUGGACAAGUCCUUAAGGAUUUCUGUUACAAACUAACAGAUAGCCAGUAUCGUUAUUUUUUGAGAAAACUAAGGAUUCAUCUCACCCCCCAUGUAAAUUGGAAAUACUUCCUCCAGAACUUCGGCGAUUUUCUUGAAGAGACUGCUGCUGAGUGGGCUGAGAAAAUGCCCAAAGGCCCGCCACCCAGGUCCUCCAAGGAAAUGGCGAACCAGGAGAUCCUGGCACGGCUCCACAAAGCAGUGACUUCCCAUUACCACACCAUCGCCCAGGAGUUUGAGAACUUCGACACCAUGAAAACGCACACUGCCUCCCGGGAUGAGUUCAGGUCCAUUUGUACUCGCCACGUCCAAGUUCUGACGGAUGAACAGUUUGACAGACUCUGGAACGAGAUGCCCGUCAACGCCAAGGGGAGGCUGAAAUACCUGGACUUCCUGAGCAGGUUCAGUUCGGAGAGAGCGGCAACCCCGCCCGACACUGAUGAUUCAGCGAAGGCCCAGCGAGGGAGCAGCGUCCCCAACGUCUCUGCAGAGUCAUCGCCCACUGGUGACCCGAAAGCAGGGUCAAAGCCGAGGAGCCAUCCCUGUACCCCCGCCAGUGCGAUCCUGGAGCCGAGUGCCCAGCCCCUGCAGAACUGCGAGCCCAUCGAGACGAAGCUCCGGAAGAGAAUCCAGAGCUGCUGGCGCGAGUUCCUGAGAGAAUGCAAGGAGAGGGACGUGAACAAGCAGGGGGAGAUCACCGCGCCCGAGUUCCUGGCUCUCGUGGAGAAAUUCAGCCUGGACGUAAACAGAGCGGAGUGCCAGCAGCUCCUGGUGAAGUAUGACUUGAAGAACAGCGGGCGGUUUGCCUACUGCGACUUCAUCCAGAGCUGCGUCCUCCUGUUGAAAGCCCAGGAGACCUCCGUGAUGCAGAGAAUGAAGAUCCAGAACGCCCAUAAGAUGAAAGAAGCUGGUGCUGAGACUUCUUCCUUUUACGCCGCCUUGCUGCGCAUUCAACCCAAAAUUGUGCACUGCUGGAGGCCGAUGCGGCGCACGUUCAAAGCCUACGACGAGGGGAGCACGGGGCUGCUAAGUGUGGCUGACUUCAGGCAGGUCCUGAGGCAGUACAGCAUCAACCUGUCGGAGGAGGAGUUCUUCCACAUCCUGGAGUAUUACGACAAGACGCUGACUUCCAAAAUCUCCUACAACGACUUCCUCCGGGCCUUCCUCCAGUAGGCGCCUGCAGCGCACCCCAAGGACAGAGGGCAGCGGGCUGGGCCAGGACUCACGUGUAGCCGGGGCUUCGUGAACUUUCCAGGGUGUCUCCAGAAACAGCCCCCACCCACCCAGGCCCGCACCUUUCCCGGCGGCUAAGCGGGCUCCGCGCUGCCCUGCGGCUCUGGCACCGGUGCCAGCCUUGCCGGAGGGAUCGGGGCUGCCCACUGAGCCUCAGGACCCUCACUGGUUAGUUUGAGCAAAUAAAAAUGUUACUCUUUGCAGGAACAAUCCUCUAGACUUUGAAAGAACCGCCAAUGACAGAGUAGGUAAAAACUCAGAACUUCUGGAGCGUUUAUUCGUGAGCGCCUGCUGGGUGCCUGGAGCCCCUCCUCCAUUUCAGGCCCAGGAGUCAAACACAGACCUGCCCCUGGAGCCCCCAAGACAGUAAGCCACCGACAAUCAAAAGAGAGGGAGGGGUCAGGGCCCUGAUGCGGGGAGCCCUGGGUCGAUGGCAGCGUGCAAAGCCCCAGCCCUAAGCUUGAAGCCCGGAGCCAGACCACAAGACAGGAUUUCAGCAAGGGGUUGGGAGAGGGGUGGGCUCCACGGCCCUCAGACUCUCAGCCAGGGGGCCAUACCAUAAGCCUAGAUGGGCACACCAGCCCCUCCUCCUUCUCUUUCCGGGGCCUGUAUCCAUUCAGGUGUCUCAGGUCUGGGCAGCCUUCCCCGAGCCCCACCCAGCUGGGGCAGCAUCCUCUGAUCCCAUGUGUUGGAAGAUCUGAGUGCCUGUCUCUCCAGCCCCACGGAGCCCCUCGUCUCAGAACUAAUGGUCCCUCUCGUCCCCCCGUGGUGUGUGCAUCCCUCUACCUGUGGACCGUGAAGUUCCCGUCUCUGAAGAGGUGAUGUCUAUUUCCCCCUCCUGAAGCCAAGCUCAGCCACGUGACUUGUUUGGGCCAAUGAGCUGUUAGCAAGCAUGACACAGCAGAGGCAGGAGAAGCACCUGUGGUCUUGACUCCAAGAUGCGGAGACCUGAGAAGAGCAUCACGCGCCUGUAUGACAGGACAGAAUGCAAACAAGUGACUUCUUGAGCCUACCCAAAAGUGGGGGCCACCACAAACAGCUCACUAAGGUCCAGGGGAGACAGGUGCCUGCAGGCAGAAACGCGCCCAAGCAUUUGCUGGCCUGGGAUAGUCACCACCACACACCGCAGGGGCCAGUAAGAGGGUUCAGCUGGAAAAUUUUAACAAAUUGCUAAAGACCAAAUGUGGACUAGCCUAAGAAUGUGAAGGUUCCAGGGGCUGCAGACAUAGGGGUGUUCGCAUCCUCCGGGAGCCGCACGAGGAGCUCACAGAGAUGAGGGAGAAUCCAGAGAAUGCUUCCUCCCUCCCAGCUCCUCCGUGACGCGGGCUGGAAGAGGAGAACAGCAGCCACGGCUGAAACUCUGCCAGAACCCAUCUCCCCAUCUCUCACAGGGAGCAGAAAGCUUAGUGUGCAGCAGAAGGAUGACAGAACGGUAGCCUGCGGGCUCUGGUCCGAACCCAGUGCAGGUGGGGGAACAGAAAUGACAAUAAAAAGCUCUGUUCCUGGAGGAGAGGCAGAAACCCACACUAUCUGCUCUCCAUCUGAGGGAGACCGGACCACUUGGGGGUGCUUACAGUGCCAGCACGACUGAGGCUGAAUCGGAACCUCAGAGACCCCCACCCCCUCCUCCACCACCACACCGACAAUCAUGCAAUAGGUGACGUGGGGCACAGCUGGGAGAGCCGCAGGAGACACCACCUCUCGAGGGAGCAGCACCGAGGAAGACCCACAGCCAGCUGGAGCAAACUUCAACCUAGUCUGGCUCCUCACGAGGUUCACCCAAGCCCCACACUGAGGCCCCCCCGGGAGAAAGGCGUAUUCUUCUCUAAUCAUAAAAAUCCUUACCUCGGUGUCUACUGCCUGUACGGUGGCGGUUUGCAAACCACAGCCAGGGGACCCGAUAGGGCCUGUGGCCUGUUUGUGUACAGUCCGUGAGCCUAGGAUGGUUUUUACAUGUUUUAAGGGUUGAAGGAGGAGGAGGAAGAGAACAAGCGGAAGAGCAAGAAGAAGAGACUGUGCAGCCUGCAAGCCCGGAGCGGCUUCCUCCUGCCCUCGCACAGGAAAGCCCGCUGGGCCCCGCCAGACGAUGCCCACAGCAUGGUAAAAAAUUAUGACCCAUAACAAAAGGCAAUUUAUUUUUUAUUUAUUUACUUUUUUAAAAA